AUGGCCAGCCUGGACGAUGACUUGCUGGCUUUGGCGGGAGACUCCUCUGACGAGGAGGGUGCUUCCUCCCCACAGCCCAAGCCCGCCUCUGUCUCGCCCCGACCCUCCUCUUCCUCUUCACGAGACAUCAAAAAGUCCCCUCAGCAAUCCAGCGACAUGGCCCGCAAAGGUCUCGCCAAGGCCGUGAAGCAGGCAAAACCGGUUAAACGAUUAAGAAAGGCAAAGAAAGAAGAGUCUGGCGAUGAAGGCGAAUUGUCAGCAGCCGACUCUCAGGCCUCUGAUGCCUCUGCUGCUAUGGAGGAGUCUGACACUGACGAACCCCUGCGAGUCGAUGGAGAUGGGCCGAUCUUUCCGUACGAUAAAUUAUAUUACUCUUCGAAGGACAAGCAGGAGAUCAUGGCCCUCCCUGAAAUCGAGCGCGAGCAAAUUUUGUCUGAGCGUUCCCAGCAAGUCGAUCGUCACAAUCAAGACGUGGUGCUUCGUCGGCUGCUAGCCUCUCGUGAACGUGAACAUGCUCGCUCCGAAUCCAAAGCCAAACGCAAAGCUGGUGCUGCUGAACUGGAAGAUGGCCAUCGCAAAAGUUCUCGCCAGAAGACCACGUUGGGUGGACGCAAAGUCGGCGAAGCAUCGGACGCCAUCGAAGCCUACAAGCGCCAGCGUGAACAGAAAGGCAAGCGCGAUGAGCAACGCCGUCGUGACGCUGAUUCUCGACCUACUCGAGCCCGAAGUUCUUCUCACGAAGAGGGUGCAUACUCCGAUGUGGAUGCUGAGGGUGACAGCGAACUGGAAUAUGACAACCGCGCCGACCGUAGCCCAUCUGGCCCACCACCACCCAAAGAUGACCCUCCUGCAGACUUCAAAGAUAUCCAACGAGCUCGCGUCGGCCGCAGCAAUUUCGCCCAAGUCUGCUUUCACCCUACCUUUGCACAAUCUCUUACUGGCUGCUUUUCGCGAGUCAACAUUGGUCCCAAUGAGGAGACGGGCCAAAACUCCUAUCGCGUUUGUAUCAUCAAGAAAUUCUCACAAGGACGGCCCUAUACUAUUGAAGGAGCCAAUGGUCGUAGCUACGUCACAGAUUCCUAUGCCGUUCUAGCACACGGCCAGGCGGAAAAACCGUUUCCAUUUAUCCAGUGCUCUGACUCUCCUUUCACCGAGGCCGAGUUCAACCGCUGGCGUCAGACCAUGGCAGCGCAAGAUUGCAAGAUGCCAACCAAAUCUAUGUUGAACAACAAAGUCGGAGAUAUCAACCAACUAAUCAACUACAAAUUUAGCGCCGAGGAACUGGAAGAGAAGCUACGCAAACAGGGAACUGGCAAUGCGAACGACAAGUUAUUCAAACGUUAUGAAUUAGAACGACAAUUGAAUGAAGCCAUCGCUCAAGGCAACGAUGAAGAGAUAAACCGUCUACAGGUCCAGCUUGCCAAAGAGUCUACUUCGAAGCCUGGGCUUCAUAAACCUCGUCCAGAGAAACAAGAAUCUCGGGAGCUACGCCUUGCUGACUUGAACCGCCGUAACCAACGACUCAACAGUGAGAAUGUACGACGUGCGCAGCUGGAAGAGCGUCGGUUGAAUCGCGAGAAAGCGGCGGCAGUUGCAAGGGGAGAAGCCACAGCAGAUCCUUUUUCUCGCGUCAGAACUCUUGCCAAGACCCAUCACGAUGUCAAUACACCAAGAGGUACGCCCAAGAAAGACGACGCUGUCAAUGGUGCCAAUGGUUCCGCGACCCCCGCAAAAGAAACACCGGUUGCUACCGUACGCAAGGACACGACUACCGUGACUCAGUCCAAACCUAAAGGCAUUGCUGUCAUUCGGCACAGGAAUAUGGAUGACGAUAAUAUCGCUGCCUUGGACUUGGACUUGGAUGCUGAUCUCGAUCUUGGAUUUUGA